UCACAAAAGCUAGGAGCCACAACUCAAUCCUAAUUUUCCCCGGUGGCCGUCGCAAGUUUAUAUAGCCCACACACGCCGCUGAGCAACUCCUCUGUAUCUCCGCUGCCACCGGGGUUGGGAUCGAGAGAGGAACACGUACACACAGCGCCAUGGGUAGCCCGCUGGAGAGCAACGGCAAGCAGCUGGAGAGCCCGUUGCUGACCUCGCUGCAGCCGGCGUCGGCCGGCAGCGGCAGCGACGACGGGCAUGGACACGGGGCGGCCAAGCAGCUGGAGAGCAUCCUGAACGACGAGUCGGUGCCCUGGGGCCGGCGGAUGAGCGCGGCGACGGUGGUGGAGAUGCGGAUGCUGCUGCGCCUCGCGGCGCCCGCCGUGCUGGUGUACAUGAUCAACUACCUCAUGUCCAUGUCCACGCAGAUCUUCUCCGGCCACCUCGGCACGCUCGAGCUCGCCGCCGCCUCCCUCGGCAACACCGGCAUCCAGGUCUUCGCAUACGGCCUCAUGGUAAGCUCCGCCAAACUGUUGAUGCUAACCUUGAUUAGUUCCUGCUGGUACUACCUCACUCAACUUGUUCGCGACGAGACACUUAUUUUGUUAGCGAUAGUCAAAUUUCUAGUAUCCUAGCUAGUAGCUAUUCUUAUCGUACUUUAAGUUUAAGCAGAGAGAGACUUAGUCUACUACGCCAGUAGCAAGAUGAUUUGCCUAGUGGCGUUUGCUCGUUUGGUGCACAAAUCACAAAUGUCGCAUCGUGAGCUACUGACAGUAGAUUAGAUUCGACAUGUGCGAGCUGGUUCAGCUAUCGCCGAAGAUUCGUCCGCCUGCGCUGCAAUCCAAAUCCAACCGAAUAGACUUCGUAGCAGCCGCUGGUGCACAAGAUGGCUUUUGGCUCUCGGGUAGCAUCAAGUAGUAGGUGGGUAGUUGCCAUUUCGUCCAUGAUAUACACCAUUCAAUCCCGUAUAAAGGUUAUUCGCCAAAAAAAUAUCCGUAAAAGGCUUGUUUGUUACUAGAAUCUUUGUGGAAUUUAGUUGAGAUAAUACUAUGGAGUAUUGGGUAAAGCGUUACCAUCACUCAAUCCCCACAAAACUUCAUCCAUAAUCCAUUAGGUAUAGGCAGAGUAUUGCGGAUUGGAAAAAAAAACCUAAGAUUUAAGACAAAAAUAGAAAUACUCAAUACUCUAGUACUAAACAUGCUUUUAAAAGUAGGGUGUGCCUAUG